AUGCACAAACAGCAGCAGCAGCAACAACAACAGCCGCAGCAGCAGCAGCAGAAGGAGCAGCAGCAGCAUCUUACUUGCAAGAGCAAAAGCAGCAGCAACGCCAACAGCGGGAACAGCGGUAGCAAUGGCGGCAACAGCAACAGCAGGAACAGCAGCACCCAGAGCAGCAGUAGCACCAACAGCAGCAGCAUUAGCAACAGCAGCAGCAACAGCAGCAGCUGCAGCGGCAGCAGCAACAGCAGCAGCAGCAACAUACCGAGCUUUGCGCUGACCCCCGAAAAUGGAAGGGAGGAAGCCAGUGGCGGCCUCAUAAAUUCGAACGGCCUCCGUCUCAAGGACAGCUGA